CUGACUGGUAAGAAUUUCCUUUCAUGGAGAAGAUCGAUGACUAUAGCUUUGGGAGCUAAGAGAAAAUUAGGUUUUAUUAAUGGUGAUAUAGUACAACCUGACAUUGAUGAUGAUGAUUAUGAUGAGUGGAAAAAGGUCGAUUGGAUGAUUUUGUCAUGGAUUUUGAAUACACUGUCAAAGGAUAUUGCUGAGUCCUUCGUGUACGCUGAAACAUCUAAGGACCUUUGGGAUGAAAUCUGUCUGCGAUAUGGAGAGAACAAUGGUCCUAUGCGAUAUAAGCUGCAGAGAGAGAUAAAUACCUUAACUCAAGGUCAUAACUCAGUUAUGGAGUAUUUUAACAAGUUGAAGAAACUAUGGGAUGAAUUUGCUUGUGUUGUUCUGGUUCAGAUGUGUAAUUGUCCUAAAGGUCAAAUGGCAGUCAGACAUGAAGCUGAAACUAAGCUAAUUCAGUUUCUUAUGGGGCUAAAUGAUAGCUAUGAUCAUUUGAAGAAUCAGAUAUUGUUGUUUGAUCCACUGCCAAGUGUUAACAAGGCAUACUCAAUGGUGCUUUCUGCUGAAAGGCAAAGAUCUGUCACAAACAGCCUUGACAGGAUGGAGAAUAUGGCCAUGAAUGUUAAAUAUGAAGGUUAUGGCCGAGGACAAGUAGGACAGGGUAGAGGAUAUGGUGGAAGAGGUGGUAACUGGCAAGGAGGAAGGGGUAGAGGUAGUGUUAGGUUGAGUAAAGAAGAAAAAGCAAAGCUACUGUGUGACAAAUGUG